AUGUUUGUUUUUCAGAGACUGCUGCUGCUGUUUGGAGGAGGCUUUGAGGAUGACCUCACCGAAUCCUGUCUCUGGAUCAUCAACCCAGACUUGCAGCACAUCCGACGUCACUGGGUAGAGGCCUACUCAUCACAUCCGGGGGUACGACGUCAUCAUACUGCCGUCCUGUACGACCAUCACAUGUACAUCUACGGGGGGCAUGUCGACCUUCAAGGCUCAAAGGCUGACCUCUGGGCCUUCCACACAGAGGAUGAAGAAUGGGAACAGGUGAUUCCUCGUCAGCCUCCAAAUAUGAUCCCGGAGGCUCGCCAUGGUCAUACAGCUGUAGUGUACGGACGAGACAUGUGGGUCUUAGGAGGUCUCGCUGACCUCACUUGCCCAAAAAACAACUUCUGGAAAUUCAGUUUCCAUACAGAGAGAUGGGAGAGGAUAAAACAGAAAUACGGACCUCCUAACCUGGUUGGACAUUCUGCCUGUGUCGUUAAAGACACAAUGAUCGUGUUUGGAGGCCAGAGUUGUGGCACUCUAAAUAACUCUCUAUGGAUUUUUAAUUUCUGUUCCUUUCGUUGGACAUGUGUCAAUGUACACGGGUCUGUCCCUCCUGCUCGUGUCUGGCACUGUGUUGUACCAAUCACUGCCUUGACCCUCAAGACAGAUAACUCCAUCCGAACCAGCUCUGUGCCUUACUUAAAGAACAAAAAGGAAGGAAGCAAACUUAGACGUCCAAAAAGUAGUCCGGCCUAUUCUUCUGCUCGAAACCAAGUCCGUCCAGAUUUAAAUAGAAACUCUGACAACAAGAAGUUUGUGCCUGCUCAACUCACCUCACGCUCCUUGAGUCCAGGUUCGCAAGAUCUGAGGCUGCCAAUUCUGAUGACAACACCACGAGACAAACAAAAAGAUGAUACCUCGCCCCUAGUGUGCAAUCGUCAAUUAUCUUGUAAUAGUGUAACCUCAACAGGAAGUCAGGGGAAAGGGGUAGAUAACCCUGCCCUAGAAAGAGAACGUAGUUUAGAGGAAGUAUCAAAUGUAACAGAGAUUUUGAAAUUUCAUAAUUUCCAGGAAAAUCAAAGUCCAGACUUCACAGGUAGAAAGACUCCUAGACAAGGUGCAAAGUAUGCAGUGAAAGAGACAACACCGCGAUACAAAGGAACAGAGGACACCUCGCCCCUAUUGUACAAUCGUCAGUUAUCUUCUAUUAGUGUAACCUCAACAGGAAGUCAGGGGAAAGGGGUAGAUAACCCUGCCCUAGAAAGAGAACGUAGUUUAGAGGAAGUAUCAAAUGUAACAGAGAUUUUGAAAUUUCAUAAUUUCCAGGAAAAUCAAAGUCCAGACUUCACAGGUAGAAAGACUCCUGGACAAGGUGCAAAGUAUGCAGUGGAGGAGUGUGGUACAGAUAUGUCUGAAAUGUGUUGUUUCCAGGAAAAUCAAAAUUCUCUAGAAAAUGCAUUGAGUGAAAGUGCAUCAAAGCAUGAGUUAAAAGAAAAUGUCAUACCUGGACAAGUGAAGAAUUCUCCUUCAAAACGAUAUAAGAAAAAGCAACACAAGAAUCAUGGAAAAGCCAUAGAGUUAAAGGAAUUAGGUGCAUUCAACAAACUAGCAUCUUCUCAAGAACUUGUGGUAGAGGAUUUAGAGUUUGUUGAGAAUCACUAUUUUGUAGAUAGAAGUGCUACACAAACAUCAAGGAAUCCAUUCCGAGGCCAAACUAUGAACAGCAAACAAAAUGGUGGUAGUUUGUCAAACUUGAAUUCUAUAGAAAUGAAACCUACUUUGUAUUGUGGCCAAACUGUUAUUGGUGAUACCUCAGGAGCAAUAGAAUCAAAGUCGUCGUCAAUGUCAAAUCUCGGUGAAACGGCACUGAUAAACGUGAACUUUGGUUCGUCCAAACAGAUAUCAAGUAGCUUACAUGUAAUUCCGCCAAGGAAAAACAGUAUGCAUUGUUGGGAAGAAAAUGAUCACAAAACACUACCUCCGUUACGUAACACAAACAGCCGGGAAGGUCACCGGAGAGACCAGGCAUCAAUGCCAGUCAGUAAAUCUAUGGACCAUUGUCAGUCACGUGAUAGUGGCCAAGGUCCGGAGUCUUAUGUCAAACAAGAGAUUGACACUCCCUACUUCCUGUUGUUCGGAGGAAAAGAGUCCAGGGGGAGUAACCUCCACCUGGGACCGAUGGUCGUGUGGCACUCCACAGUCAUCGUACGACACAGCGAUAUCAACCAUGGAGAAUUUCACAGGUCCAGUUUGGUUAUCUAGAGAUCACUAUAGAGACAAGGGAAUGUUUGUGGGGUGGGAUCACUCAAGAUGUUACACUGAACUUUGACAAAUCAGUUGUCAACCCACCUUUGAAGAUUGGACUGAGUUCAGCCAUAGAAACAGCGAUCCCUGAACUGCCAUAGCAGGUCGCCCUGUAUGAGUCUGCACAGAACUUUUUCAUUGUGAACCACCUUUGAAAAUUCUUUGUUGAACAGAGUUUUGCCACCGAAAUAGUCAUCUUAAUUUUUUUUAAUGAACUUUGAUAUGUUGACGGCCGCACUUGAAGAUUCUGUGCAGAUUUUUGCCCUAACAACAACCGAUGUUGAAGAUUGUGCAAUGAUCUUUGCCAUUAUAUAUUUUUAUAAGCAACAUCUCACCUUUGAAGAUCCUGCAUGCAAAUAUAGUUAGCCAAUUAGCAUCAGUCAUAUCCUAAAUGACAUAGAGUUUAAUAUGCUACUGAUCAGAGGACAUUUGAUGCUGAUCAGAGGACAUUUGAUGCUAUCAGAGGACAUUUGAUGCUAUCAGAGGACAUUUGAUGCUAUAAGAGGACAUUUGAUACUGAUCAGAGGACAUUUGAUACUGAUCAGAGGACAUUUGAUGCUAUCAGAGGACAUUUGAUACUGAUCAGAGGACAUUUGAUACUGAUCAGAGGACAUUUGAUGCUGAUCAGAGGACAUUUGACUUUUGAUACUUCACAACCAACUGUGAUUUCCUUUACUUAAUUAGCAGGGGGGGCUAUGUGGUCAUUGACCCCUCAAAACUGAAACUGACCCCUCCAUGUUCCAAGUUUCUUUUCAUUUUACAUG